GCGGAAUGGAUGCGGACCGCACCCUCAGAUGCCCAGCGACCGGCGAUCUGAGCAGACGCUAUAAGUAUUAAGCCUGCUGUUAAACCGAUUUCAUACAAAUACUAAGAUGAAAACCUAAGACUCAGAUAAAAGCCAAUGGAAAUUAAUAGAUCAGGACAUGAUAAUUUGAAGUGAUAGUGAAUUCCGUGACCGUAAUUUGAAAAGGAAACUGACACCGGUUAGUGAUCGUUGGCGAGAUUUCGGCAUCAAAGUAUUAUGUUUUCGCUGCUACUCCACCACCCGCUCGUCUGCCGCUGCUGUCUGUUGGAGCAGCCGCCCCUCUAUCAUAGCCUCCAUGACGCCUCCAGCCACCUAGCCGUGGAGCUGAAGGCCCUGGCUCCCACCUUGCUCCUGGAUCCCGGCGAUAAUCUAACCGACGUGAUCUGCGAUCUCUGCCUGCGCCGCCUGCACGACGCCCGCGACUUCCAGCGGCGGUGCGAACAGUCUGAGCAGGUGCUCCGCUCUCGGCACGAACAGUGGAAGCACACGGUGGCUGUGGGCGACGCCUUAGCCCUCGACGAUGUGCUCGAGUGCCUGGAGCGUGAGGUGGGCAGCUUGAAUGGCCCAGCGUUUGUACCCCAACAAUCCAGCAAGCCGGUAGCCUAUGUGGCCCCACUGAUGGAGGCUGUUGACUUCGAAACCUUGGACUUUCAGGAGAGCUCGCCAAGUGAAUAUGAUACUACCACGUACUGGGAAUCGUCAGUGGAUUCUGGCAGCCUCAACACUCCGCGCCAUCAGCCGGAGACUCCCGAGUCCUUUGGAGACGAACCUUCUACACCUCCGGAGAAUCCCGAGGAAUAUGCCGCGAAGACCACAGGGAAGACCAAAAAGCGGAGAAGCAAGACACGCCCGGAAAAUCAGAAACCAAAGGCGGACCGUGAUGCCCCAAGAUCGUUGCACCCAUGCCCCGAGUGCGAGAAAAAGUUCACCCGCAACUUCCAGCUAAAGCUGCACAUGAUCGCAGUGCACGGAAAAGGCGAAAUGCGGUACCAGUGCGAGGAGUGCGGCAAAAGCUUCGCCUCGCGGCACAGCCUUCGCUACCACGUCAAGUCGGUACAUUCCACGGAGCGUCCUUUCGCAUGCCAGCACUGCGAUCGGCGCUUCAUCCUCCGCACCCAGCUUCUGUCCCACCUGCGCACCCACACCGGGGAGUCUAAGCCGCGCAUCUUCGAGUGCCAGCGCUGCUCAAAAAACUGGCCCACCAAGUCUGAUCUGCGAACCCACAUGCGCUCGCACAACCCCAACAUGGAGCGGCCCUUCAAGUGCGACCGCUGCUCGAAGGCCUUUUUCACCCGGGGUCACCUCAACUCCCACCUGCUGGUACACACCGGCGAAAAGCCGUUCGCGUGCGAUUACUGCGACAAGUGCUACCAGAGCGUGGGCAAUCUGAACAACCACAUGGUGCGCCAGCAUGCAGAGAUCAUAGAGGCCCAGCUGGAGACGGGAGCCAUAGAGAGUUGAGGGCAAAACGUGCUACCGCAUCCUAUGGAGAGGCUGCAUCAAGUAUUAUGGGCGUUGGAAAGGCAAAAGAUUCAAUAUGUCAGAAAGUAUGAACAAAUCUAUUUAAUAUUACACGUUAAUUAAAUAAUGUUAUAAAUAUGUCAUUCUUCUAAUAAAAAAACAAUUUACUA